UGUUCAUUAUAAUUAUUUUUAUCUAAUUGUUGUAUUUAUUUUUACGAGUGUGUCAAUUAUUUAUUUCUCUUUGACAAUUAAUUAAGGCAAAUCCCACAAUGCAGUGCGCAGGAUUAAAAGUCCCAUCAGCCAUUGCAUACCACCUUUUCAAAAUGGCGGAAGAGGGUCGGAAGGACAAGAAGGACGAAGAGAUAAAAAAAAUCGCAGAAUCUGCAAUUGAAAACAUAACAAAAAUUGCAAAUAUCGUCCAAGGACGGGCUACAACGUCUAACGCUUUGUCAGAGCUGCAAAGAAGAUUUCCAACAACUUCAGGACGGACAGCAGCAAGCUCGAUCAACACAGGCACAAACAGAGCACGUGCUUUUCGCAGUCGAUCUACACCAUAUUCCAAUCGCAAUCCUGGGCGACCACACGGCUCAUCUACUGUAACUAAAGAUGUUAUUGUUAUAGAGUAUGGAAAAGAUAGAAUUCCGAGCAAAUCGGAAAAAGUUGAGCUUGAAAAGUCUGGAAGGAUUAUUUGUGGAUUUGAACUCUCUCGUGAGUGGACGGCUGUUCAACUGGAAAAAGAGUUAUCUUAUCUUUUAAAAGGCUCAAGCAUGGACGGAUUUUCUUUUGAAAUAAUGAAAAACUGUUCAGGUACUUUAGUAAAGCCAAACAUUCCACUUGGAAAGAGAAUAGACUCAAAACUACUAUUGAAGUCCAUUGCUCCAUCUGGAGGUAUAUACAUUCGCUUGCUAGCUGAUUUGCCAAGCGACGACGAUGAUGACUUUCUUUCAUUAUCCUCAUUUGAAUCUCCAACCACUAGAAGUAUUACAAGUCUCAAUAGCACUCAAUCUUUGAACCCCUCUGCAACAUCUACAAGCGCUAUAACAGCAAGUGCAUCACCAGCUGCUAACAUAACAACAUCUACUGCUAAUGCAAGCAUUGCAGAGGUGGAUCUUACUGAUGAAAAACCAGAAAUCAGUAAUGCUUCAAAAGAGCAAGAUGCUGUUCCAGUGCAUACUUAUCAGGCAAAUCCAGUUGAAUGUCCUUUUAACAUAGACUCAAUCAUCGACUCAGCCAAGAAUCAAGAUCUGUUGGAACCAGUAGAGGUAUUAAGGUUUUUACAAGAACAUAUCAUUCAAGGUAGAAAGCUGGAUAUAGUUUCUGUAGAAGAACCUACUGAUGGAGAGACCAACUUUAUUAAUGUAAACAGGGACACAGCUCUUAUUUCAACUUUCAGUGAACUAGAGUUUAUAGAGAAUUACAGGUUUACAUUCAAGGUGGGAUUUACUGGUGAAGAUGUCGUAGAUCUUGGAGGACCAAGGAGAGAAUGGUUAAGAAUAGUAUGCAGAGAAAUCAAGGAAAAGUAUUUUGACCGAGGACUACGACGAUAUCUUGCUAAAGAUUAUUUUAAUGUUGGAAUCAUGUUGGCUUUAACCCUGCUACAAAAUGGUCCCAUGCCUGCAUUUAUUGAAGAGGAAAUACUAAAUGAUGUCUUAACAUCUAGUCCACAAAGCAGUAAUCCUUGCAUUGCUGAAGUGCAAGCUGGGCUAGAAAAGCUAGGCAUGCUGUCAGCACUACAGAAGCUGCCUAUGCUCCACUAUCUCUUGAGACCAAACAGUCAACACCCAAUUACUGUGCCAAAGUUGCUGGGAUUGCUUAAGCCAAAAUACAGUGAGCAAGGAAGCAAUGCUCUGAAACAUGAGAAAGAACUUUAUCAACUUUUUGUGAGGUUUCUUAGAGAAGUUGCUAGUGGUCUUAGGUCAUGUGGAAAUGAAAAACUUCAGCUGAGCCAUAUUUUGACUUUUGUAACAGGUUCAGCUGAAGAGCCUAUUCUUGGGUUUGCAUUGGAUCCAUCAAUAGAGUUUGUAAAGACUGAUCUUGGAGAUGGAUUUACACCAACAGCCCACACGUGCAGUAACAUUUUGAGUAUUCCUGUGGCUUCAAGUGUCAACCCUUUGCCAAGUCAGGAGAAGUUAUUUGAAAUUUAUGACCUUGCAUUCUCCCAAUCAUAUUUCGGUAGUAUGUAAGUAUGUCCUGUUAUUU